AUGGCUUCCGCACUUGAUUCUCAAGUGGAUAUCGUGAUCCCAGAGAUGCCUUCUUUCACCAAAGGCUAUCACCACCGUCCCUAUCCUGCUAUCUCGCCAUCGCGGCCCGAGAUCGCAGCUGCGGCAGCGGGGAAGAAUAUUGUCGUCACAGGCGGCGGUACAGGCAUUGGUAAGGCUAUUGCCAUAGCCUUUGCGCAGGCUGGAGCCCGUUCUGUGGCUAUCUUGGGUCGGCGAGCCGAUCGGCUACAACAAACUGCGGCUGAGAUGAAAUCAGAGGCCGCCAAACAUGGUCACUCGCCCAUCAUCGUCACAGAAGUGGUAGACCUGAUGCGGCGCGAGACUGUAGACGACGCGCUACGAUCCAUCCAGUCCAAAAUCAGCACUGCCGCAGGAUCGACUUACCUCGACGUGCUUGUGUCCAAUGCUGGCAUGGCACCAAAGAUGGGAGCGGUGCUAGGCUAUGACGCCCAAAUCAUGAUGAACACCUUCGGACUCAACGUGAUGAGUGCCUUUAACGCAGUCAACGCAUGGGCACCACUGGCCGGCGAUAAGGCCGUGCUGAUCAAUGUGUCAUCAAUGAUGGCACACGCGAGACCAGUGGUCACCAACUUUGCCUACUCAAUGGCCAAGGCGGCCAAUCUCAAGAUGAUGGACUAUUUUGCUGCUGAAAAUCCAACUAUUCACGUGGUUAGCCUGCAGCCUGGUAUCAUCAAUACGGAGCUCGGCGGCGAUGAUAUGCCUGUCUUUGUUGCGCCGGACACAACUGAGUUGCCAGGCCAGUUUUGCGCCUGGCUGUUAACGGACGAGGCACGGUUCCUCAAGAACAAGUUUGUAUGGGCCAACUGGGACGUCGAGGAUCUUGUGGCUCGUAAAGAUGAGGUUCUCACGACUAGGGCACUUACAUGGGGAGUUGAGGGAGUUCCUGUUGUUAUCGACAACAAAACAAGGUCCGUGAUCCGUCGUCAAGCCGCCAAGGGACAAAACCUUGGCCGAAGGAUCACUCGGCCAUCACGUGUGAAAGCAUUCGAACGCCAAGCCUUGGUACAGCCUCUCUUCGCUGUCAAGUCCAAACAUGAGUCUUCAGACGUACAUCAAGACGGCCGCGACGGGGACUCCAGCUCUCGUGGAGACGAUGAGGAUACGCCCUCGCGAAUUGAGCCUGUCAUAGGCGACAGUGUAUCGGUUCUGAGCCUACCUAUAGAUAUAGCGCAAGAAGACAGAGUGCUCAUGUGCGAAGCCGUGGCUUUUAUGAACGCGCCUCGCUGCUUACCCAGUCUCAACAAAGCCUUUUCCGAAGGUAGCGUCGGUCACUCGAUUUUUCUACAACUCAUCUUUACGGACCAAGCAUACUAUCAUUGCGCCCUGGCCACAGUUCUCGAGUGCAACCACAUCUCGCCACAGUCCGGCGUCUCCUCUAUUCGCCACCUUACCCAUGCCUUUCGUCUGAUCAACGAGCGCAUCUCCGGAGCAGAGCGGGUGUCUAAUUCCACAAUUGCCGUGGUCAUGAGCUUAUCGACCUACGAGUCUACGCGAGGCCGCUACGACCGUGGCAUGAUUCAUCUCUCAGGUCUUUUUCGCAUGGUCGAGACGCGAGGUGGCUUGGACCGCGUCGGGUCUGAAGAGCCUGAGAUAAUGCAGAAGAUUUAUAGAGCAGACCUUGACUAUGCCCUCAGGUUUGGUGCUGCUCCCAAACUGAAUAUUAAGCUCUUUGAGAAUUCGAAAGCUAUGGAGAGGUUAAAUGUGCUUUCAACUCGAGAUCACGAUAUUCUUUACCUCAAUCUCAACCCAGAAUUUCGAGAGCAACUUGGCCUGGAGCUGUGCGAGCUCUGGAAUAGUGCAGCCGAGAUGUCUAUGCUAGUCAACGAGGCGAGCGCAAACAAACGUUCCAAAUUAUCUAGAGCGAAGUUUUUGAGGAGCUAUAUCUGGCUUGGCCACCGUCUUCUCAACUAUGCUUCGUUGAACAAGCCGCGCUCACUGAAUCGCCUCCAAAGUAUGGCACAUUUAGGUCUCCUGAUGCUGAUCAGCUCUCUCCUAUGCGGCCUCGACCGCCGCGUGGUAGAAAAUGCAAUCUUAUCACAAUUACUUCGUGACGAAGCAAGUAAAGUGACCAAUUCUGAGACGCAAGAACUUCUGCUAUGGUUGUUAUUCUUGGGAGCGGCUGGCAUCCUACAGGAUCCUAGUCACGAUAUUUGGCUGGUCCCAAAGACUUGGGAGACGAUGAGAGAUCUUGGAUUAGAUACCUGGGACAGUAUAAGAAGCGUUCUUUGGAAGUUUCCAUGGAUGAAUGACUUUUACGAGAGCGGGUCUUCGGCGCUGUUUGCCAAGGUGACUCAAUACCAAUGUAUUCAAUUCUCUGUUUAG